AAUCAGCGCGGAGCUGUGAAAGAUUCCAUUUCCCCAGCCAAUCCGUUUUUCAGGGUCGCCCUCCGCCACCCCAGCCAAUCAGCUUCCCGGCAGCGCGACUCCGGUAGUGUAUGCGUCACCUCCGCCGCCGGAAAGAUGGCCCAGAGGCUCGCGCUGAGGAGGUUUCUAUUCAUCUCCCCCCAAAAGCUCUCUGUGCUGCCUGUGUCGAUCCUCUCCAAGGUGUCGGCAGUACCAUGCUACCCUAGAUCACUUGUCCCUCUUACCCAGAUCACUGUGCCUGCUUCCAUUAGGACAUUUUCUACCACACCUGUCUACAGGGCCACCUUUAACAUCCAGGAUGGGUCUGACUUCCAGGACAGAGUUGUGAACAGCCAGAAGCCAGUGGUGGUAGAUUUUCAUGCACAGUGGUGCGGCCCCUGCAAGAUCUUGGGCCCCAGGUUAGAGAAGAUGGUGGCCAAGCAGCAGGGGAAGGUACUGAUGGCAAAAGUGGACAUUGAUGAUCACACAGACCUGGCCAUUGAAUAUGAGGUCUCAGCUGUGCCGACUGUGCUGGCUAUGAAGAACGGAGAUGUUGUGGAUAAGUUUGUGGGGAUAAAGGAUGAGGAUCAGCUGGAGGCCUUCCUUAAGAAACUCAUUGGAGCCUGAACAAGAGAAACCUGCACCCAGGCCUCUGGAUUUGGUCAUGUUGCAUGCUCUCUUGCCAGGGGAGGCGUGAAGCAAAACUGAACUGCCUUGUAGAACCUGUCCCCUUUUUUGUGUGUGGGUGUGGCCCACCUUCUCCUCCUGGGCAGCAGUAGUCCUGAGCAAUUCUGAGAGAUGGUGAGAAGUAAGGCCGCUCAUCCUCAAAGUGGGUGGGAGAAGCUGGAAUUGGGCUUCCAUCUGUCUGCAAAGAACUGGCAGUGGGGAAAGCAGGACGGCUGUUGAAUUAGAGGUGUGUUUAUCAGUGUCUGUCCUAUCCAGACCCAGAGCAGUGGGUGCAGGAUGUGGACACGUAUUUGCUCUAGGUGGGUUUGUUAAAAUCGGGGAUUGCUCUGCUUCAUCCAUGAUACCUGCAUCCUUGUCCUCAUGUUGCUGGGACAAAUAUGAAUCCUCUGUGGCUCCUUGAGCCUAUGCCACACUCUUCCCUGCUGCUGAUUUAUGAAGAGAAACAUUUUUGGGGGGUGGAGUUUGUAGGUCUGUAAUAAAGAGAACUUUAUUAAUCACGUCUGUGUAGUUCUGUAGAAAAACCCAAUCUCUGAAAUCGUGGGGCAACUCUCACCUGCCCACCCAGGAGGAAGGUAUAGUAAGGGGUGCUGCAACUGUGAUAGCUGAGCAUAGAUAAGGGGGCUCCUCAGGUGGAAACAGUGGGGCAGGAUGGGAUUUAAGAAUGUUGGGAGAGUCUCGUCAGUAUUAAAACUUAAUGCACUUGCUUGUUUUAAUGCCAUUAUUUCUGUGCAGCUCCCAGCACAGCUCCUCUGGCUCUAUGGACUGGUCUGACUUGUUUCAGGUGCUGCUGGAUUAUGAGACCCAGAAAGUUGAUGCAUCUCCUGAUCGAGGAGGAACAUUGGAUCCUGCCAAUAAUGAAUCACAACUUGUUCUCACCCCUUGUCUAUUCUCUGUCUCAUGAGCAAUCUGUGAGACCUUCCACUCCUGUUUGCAUAAUUGAAGCUGUUCUUACCACUGAACUUUGAUGCAGAACCAUCACAAGAGGCUGCAGGGAUUAGGCGCUGAGGAAAAAGUUGGUAGUGUGGGGGGAAGCGAUGAGGAGGGGUCUCGACCUUUGGACUUUAACUAGCCUGGCCUUUAAACGAUGGUAGUGAGUUUAUACAUUCAUAACUCUUGUUGAAUGGAGUCUCUCCCCGUUGCCUCUCCCUAGCCUGCCUGCCCUUUCUGCUUGUUCCUUACACCUGCCUCCAUCCUACCUACUUAGCAGCAACUGCUGCCACCUUCCCUAACCUCUCCCUCAACUACUCCCAUCCAACACGCCUUGGAACAACUGUGAAUUAGUGGUCUCAGGGUGAAACCCAAUGCUGCUGCCUGAUUUUUCAUUUAUAUCAGAGAGGCUUAAUUUCAGUGCAUUUAUGCCACACCCCUCAUAAUACUCUUGAUAUUUAAUGCCUUUAUAUGCGCUUUGUUUCGGUUUGUCUUCAGUCUCCCUUACCCUGCCUUGGCUCUGAACUCCAUCUUCUCCCAGCACUUAUGUUAUUACAGCCAGAUAAGGCAUUUUCCUCCAGCUGUGCCAUUACAUUUUAUAACCAACAGUAAAUUUUAAGGAGGAGUGAUCAAAGUCCGUAGGCACUGGGCCAUAGCCGCAAUGCUGCUGGCAGUUUUGUCCUUAUCUCAAAGCUGGGCAACGCUGGCUGGUCCACUACAGGAAGUGGUACCAGUGGCCCAGUACUGGGCACUCUUUGCUUUGGGCCAAUGCUGACCUAAUGCUCUGCUGUGUUGCUCUGUAGCUCUGCUGCUGGAGCUGACAUCUUUUGAAUGAGAUUUAAAACAAUUCUUGGCCACAUAGGAUCAUUAAAGAGCCCCUGCCAAAUUUUUGAAAUGGAAGGGUUUUAAUCUUGGCAAUAGUGCCAUGCCUCCUUAAAUUCCCCUGGCAAUACCAGUUCACUACAGUAUUCUCACUUCUAGUAAAGACGGUCCAUUUGCCAGCAUAUGCAGGAAAAAAUGGGGGAGCAACAUCAUAUGUUCCUACAAUAGUUAACUUUCAUGCCUUACCAUCACCCUAGAACAGGAAAAAACAGACUUUGACUUUGCAUUGUGUGUAUAAGAGACAGUAUAAAUUAGCUAUUUUAUCACUUCCUUCCAAAGGAAAAGUCUAGCUUGGGGUUUCUGUGGUAUUCCAGUAUCAAAGCACAGAGUUACUGGCAAAGUUUAAGA